AUGGCUCGGUUGAAUGACUAUGCGGCUCCUGCCGAGUCCAUUGAUGCCUUGAAGCGUCGAUUUGUGCGACAAAACCGUGAGAUUGCGCGGGUGAACUCUAUGCAAUCUCUUCGCAUUCGCAGCUUGGAGUCAGAAGUUUCACAUCUACUUUCUGAAAAUGUCUCGCUGCGAAAACAGGUCAUCAAUCUCACUCAAGAAACGGAAAGAUUGGAAGCAGGGAAAUUGCUCCACGAUGGGAUCUACGACAUCAAAUCCAAGUUGGAUGCCAAGCUAGCUGAGUUGAGCAGCUUGGCAACAGACCUGGGAUCAUUGCCCCGUCGCGUAAAUAAACUCUAUAAUGAACAGUCCGAUCGACCAAAGCAGGCACCAGAAUCACGACCAAGAACUGAGGACUUGUUUGGAGCGGACGAUGGAAGGCUCCCCGCCAUUGUGGAAGAUAAAUAUUAUCCCCGACGAACUCUCGAGGCCCAAGAGCUCGACAGUCUACUCCAUGAUGACCAAAGCAUUUUGGAUUCCCCUCCUCAAUUUAGCUUUCCGCCAGAGCACGUAGACGUCAGCGUCGACCAUUCCAGUCCAUCCCCUCCAGACGCAACGUACAGGACUGAACUGGACAACAACAUUUCCGAAGAACCCGACCCCGAACAAGUGCUUACCCCCAUUUUCGAGAACCGCAAGAAGAAAAUUAAGUCAACCUCGACUCUCGCGCCUCAAGUUGGUCCUGUGCCCUCUGAGCGGCAAACAAGCCCACCAAUUGACACGGCAAAACACGCACCAUUGGCCUCGACAAAACGCAAAUUCAUUCCCGAAGACGAUGACCGAUUUACGUCUAACCUUGAUGAGGAUGAAUUCCAAUUCCGCCGGCCCAAUCACAGCCCGAAGAAGCAAACAACCCCCUUCGAGAUUAUACGUCAAGAGCAGUCACCCAUUAAGAAUGUCCAAGUGACAAGAGGGUCUAAACCCCCUGCGCUUACCAAGCGCAAGGUACUCGAACCCAAGAAUUCAAACUCCAAUCUAGGAUCUCCCAAGAAGGCCCGCGUGUCUUCAAAACAGGACUCUAAGCUUUUGCAACAGCCUACCAAAGGCGACGAGAACGCAAUUUCACCGCAGAAAAACCAAAGUUCGGAGAAACUCGGUGGCAAAGCUGUUCAUCAAAAGCCGCGUGAGAGUAAACUCGCUCCUCCACAGAAAGAAAAGUGCGCCAGCCGCCCUGCUCCCGCCCAGCCAGCAGAACCAAUUCAAAGCCUGCCAGCAUUAUCGCCAUACCCCAAUGCAUCGAAGGCAGAGGAAGAUGCUGGGAGUCGGCCUUCCCGACGUCGUGGCGCCGUGGUCAGCUAUGCUGAGCCUAACCUGCGUGACAAGAUGCGUCGCCCCACCAAGGAGAUGAUCGACGCAGUUGCAUUUGGCUCCCGCAGAUCUUCCAGCUUCCAGCCUAGUCUGGAUAGAGAUGACAGUACCCAGCCUGGUAGCCUCCCCGCUGAUUUCGCUCUUGCAAAUCAUGCUUCUCAGGAACAAGUACUAGAGAUGGUGUCCCGUAGAAAGCGCAAGGUGUCAUCUGCCCCCAAAGAGGAAAGCGAGGCGGAGAAUCUCAGUACCGACCUCAAGAAAGGAAUCGAGGACAGCCUUGCAGAUAUAUCCGCCCAGGUGUCCCACGAUACAGUGGGCUCGAGGCGGCAAACUAGACGUCACUCGUCUAACCCGAAAAGCACUGCAAACAUGGCGCAGUACGAUCUCGAUCAAGGUGAACCGCAAUCCCCAAACGGAGACUCUCUUGAAGAUGAAGACCUAUUUGGACCGGGACCAGCAGAUACCAGACGUGGUCAGCGCAUUGCAGCACGGAGAAAAAGCAUGAUGGUGUAA